GAUCUAACAAUUAGCGCCAUGCUGAAAGCCAAUACUGUUUGCCCGCGCUCGGCUCGCCGCGGGGCCAACUGCUGCUCGCACCGCCGCGAACCUUUUAUCCUUGCGCGAGCAUGCGCUCUCGCUGCACCGAGUGCACUCCUGCAGCGCAAGCAGCGUAGCAUAGACUUUGGCUUGAACCGGAAGCUACCAACGCGUCCGUUGGGUGCGACGUCGACGCGCGAUUCCAUGCGGGGCAGUUUGGUUCUGCGGGCCGCUGCCGCUGAGGGCCCGGCUGCAUCGUCUGCGCAGCCUGCAUCUCUGGAUGAGGUGCUUGAUGUGGCGGUCGUGGGCGGCGGGCCGUGCGGGCUCGCCUGCGCGCUGGCGCUGCUGCAAGUGCUGCCGGCAGGCACCAAGCUCAAGGUUCUGGAGGCCAGCCCCGCCUACACACAGCAGGGCGCGGGUGUGCUGCUCAACAUUAACGGGGCGCGGGCGCUGGAGGCCAUCCACCCCAGCCUCAUGCCCAGCCUGGCCGCCCGCUCUGAGCUUCUGGCGGGCAUGUUCACCUACAACGACGUCACCGGCGACCGCAUGCCCUGGAGCCGCGGCGUGGACCACGCCGCGGCGCUGACCGCCGGCAGCAGCAGCAGCAGCGGCAAGCAGCAGCAGCAGACACAGACACAGCAGGCUGCGGCGGCGGCGGGAGGAGCAGGAGUGGCUACGGCGGGCAGUAGCGCUGCUUCCGAUGGUGGCGGCAGUAGCAGCAGCAGCGGCACCGGCGGCUGGUAUAGUCCAGGGCUGAUAGAAUGGAAUGAGAUUCGUGCCGCGUUGUACGGCUCGCUACCCCCGGGCGUUGUGGAGUUUGGCUGCAAGGCCGUGUCCUGUGCCGCACCCGCCGAGGCGGCUACUGCUACUGCUGCCACUGCUGCUGCUACAUCCACUGCCGCGGGGGGUGCUGUUACAGCCACUGCCGCGGAGGGUGCUGCUACUGCCGCCGCCGGGGCUACUGCCGAUGAGCAGCAGCAGCAGCAGCUGUACGAGCUGGACGUGGUCCGGACGGGGCCGGGGCCGCAGCGGGGGCAGCGGGUGGUGGUGCGUGCGCGGCACGUGAUUGCGGCGGACGGAUACUUCAGCCGCGUGCGCCGGACGGCGGGCGACGGCAGGACGCCCGUGUUCCGGGAGCGGCUGACGUGGCGCGGCAGUGUGGCCCGGUCCGACCUACUGGGGGCGGCGGGCGGGCGGGCGCCGCGGCCCGUCUGGCUGGACCCGGAGCAGGACCCGCAGGGCGCCGUCAGCUCCCACGUGUGGACGCCCAUGGGUCCCGAGGGCCGCCCGCCACCGGGGCCGCCCGAGACGCUGGUGCUGGUGUACCCGGCCGGCGCCAGCGGCAGGCUGGUGUUCGCGGCCUUUGCGCCGCUGUCGCGACUGCUGGCGGCGGGGGAGCAGUGGCCGGCGCCGGCGGAGGCUGGAGAGGAGAAGGGGGCGGGGAAGGCGGAGGCGGAGGGCGGCGAGGCUGGGGACGGCCCUGUCAGUGUCCACCUUGGCGGCUCCUCCACGGGCGCCGCCGGCCCCACCGCACUGCGGCGGCUGCUGGCCACCUUCCGCCACCUGCCGCCCGACCUGCUGCAGCUACUGGCGGCCGCGCCGCCGCACACCGUCACGGAGCACGGCAUCUCCUUCCAUGACGUGGAGGGCUUCGUGCAGGGCGCCUGGGCCCGGGGACGGCUGCUGGCGGUGGGCGACGCCGCGCACUCCGGCCCCACCGAUGGCCAGGGCGCAAACCUAGCCAUGGAGGAUGCGGCAGUGCUGGGCGCGUGCGUGCGGAAGCACGGCCUGGGGCCCGAGGCGUUUGCCGCCUGGGAGGCCGCCCGGCAGCCGCGGGUGGCCGCCAUCCUUGGCGACCGCACGCCCAACGCCGCGGUGCGCACCCCCCUUAUCCAGCAGGCCGCGUUCGAGCGGCUGUGGUCGGCGGAGCAGGUGGCGGCGGCGGCGGCGGCGGCGGCAGGGGCGGCGGCAGGGGCAGGUGCUGAGGGUGCUGAGGGUGCUGGAAGUGAGGGUGGGGUGCCGCUGGAGGUGGCGGCGCAGGUGGCGGCUGCGGCGGCGGCUGGCGGCGAGGCGGCGGCGGCUGAGGUGCUGACCGAGUGGUCGCGCGAGGCGGUGCGGACCACCCUGCUGGGCAAGCUGGCGGCGCGGCCCGCCUUCACGCCGCAGCCGGUGCAGCAGGCGCCGGCGGGGAGCUGGUCGUUCCGUUAGAUGAAGGAAGGAAGGCGCACAGGCGCUUUGAGCAAUCUAUUGUCAUAUUGCAUGCACGCACACCGGCACACGUCUAAGUUAAAUGUAUGCCUUUGGGUGGAUGUGGCGUCUUGUUUGAGUUGGCGUGGGGUAGGCAACGUCCAAUCAAUCGGCAGGAGACCUAAGCAGUUGGAAAGCUUCAUGCCUGUCGGUCGCAUCACUGAUUCCCUGAUGCUGAUUGAACCUGAUUGACACAUAUGCAGAAGCGGUGGACACGGCUAUGUAUGGCCUAUCUGCGACUCUGCGACAGAUGCAAUAUUACAAGUUGGAUUUAGAUCACAGUGACUCCCCCGGAUCACCUGGUAUCACGUCUCCUGAUCUCCAGAUGCAUCUGAGGCCGCCAGGCAGGGGACCGCCCGGCCCCACACGUCAUCAGGCUAAGUGGCUGAUGAUGCUAAGCAUGUGAUGCAACCGUAUGGCGGUGCAAAUAACUAGCAGCAAGUUUGCAGGCGUCUGGGGCCACCAGGACCGACGCUACCAACCGCUACAGCCUACAGGCUAGCAGCUACGUGGAUGUAAAUGGCGUAUCAA